AUGUGCAGCACACAGCGAGCGCGGGUGGCGAGGAUGCACCUCACGGGCGCCUCCAACGGAGCCGUGUCGCCCGACACCAGCUCCACCCUUCUCCACGAGACAUACACCAAGAUGACCUCAGACAUCCUCGCGGAGAGGACACUGGGGGACUUCCUGUCGGAGCACCCGGGGGAGCUCGUGAGGACCGGCAGUCCGCACUUCGUCUGCACCGUCUUGCCACCUCACUGGCGGUCGAACAAGACACUGCCGGUCGCAUUCAAAGUUGUGGCUCUAGGCGACAUCGGAGACGGCACGCUGGUCACGGUGAGGGCAGGCAACGAUGAGAACUGCUGCGCCGAGUUGAGGAACAGUUCGGCGGUGAUGAAGAACCAGGUGGCGAAGUUCAACGAUCUGAGAUUCGUCGGCCGAAGUGGUCGCGGCAAAUCCUUCACUUUGACGAUAACGGUAUCAACAUCGCCGCCCCAAGUGACGACGUACAACAAAGCGAUCAAAGUCACCGUCGACGGACCACGGGAACCGCGGUCUAAAACCAGGCAGCAGCAGCAGUUCCACUUCGCGUUUGGUCAGCGUCCGUUCCCCUUCCCACCGGACCCACUCGGUGGCUUCAGGAUGCCGCCUAUCACUUCGUGUCAAAAUAUGAGCCAAUUCGGACUGAGUUCGAGUAACUCGCACUGGGGCUACGGUGGUGCGGGCGCGUACCCCGCGUACCUGCCAUCUUGCGCAGCACCUGCUGCUUCUCAGUUCAAUCCACCAGCUCUCGGCUUCGCUGGGACCAUGCCUGAGCAGACAUCCACGCAGGACUUUACGAAUAAUACAGUUCUCCCGGAUACGACAGGCGUUGAUUUGGAUCAACAGCUGUCGGGCCUGGUCGGUUCGUCGCCUUCACACCACAGCAGUCUUCUGCCGCGGUACAACAACAACACAGACUACAGCUUAUCAACAGGACCUAGAUCUUUGAGCGAUAAUAGUUCCCAACCAGAUUCUCCAGUUCAGGACGAUUUACUAACCUCGAACACGACUACAAAUAUUGGGCACAACCAUUCAAACACCUCAAACUUUCCUUCGCUAAUGGGCUCUCAAAACUCUUCGUACGGAAGUAGUAAUUGCAACAAUUCCCUUUAUCCCGUACUCCCUGCUAGUCUAUUGUACAGUCAGCUGUACACAGCGGCAAACCAAACGCACAAUUUUCAUCCAUUGCAUUCGAACUCAAUUCACUCGACGCAGAAUCAUCACAACGAACUGCAGACGAUGAUGGAUCAGAUAUCGUCCACGACCAAUAAUCAUAGACAGCAUGGGAGUCAUGUGCAAGGAGAUUUGUUGUUGGGCGGUGGAAAUUCCUGCGCCGCGGCUGCAGCGAGAGGGGAAGAUGGAAGAGUUAAUAGCCUUGGCCAACGAGGUAACCCGCAGCCAGAUAGCAACACUGUAUGGCGACCAUAUUGA